GACCAAUUCCCCCCAAAUGGCUGACUGACAAGGGCUGCAGCUGUGCAUCCUGGAUUGCCCGGCUGGCUCGCCCACGGCUCGCCCGGUCUCCCCUUUGCCCUUUUCCUUCUCCUACUUCAACGCAGUGAGACCGGAGUCUUCAUCAUUCGAACGAGCGGGUUCAAGGGCAAGCAGAUGACUUCUGAAGCACAACGCAGGUGCCUCGACGCCUUCGUCGUCGCGUUAAGCCAGUGCUACGAGGGCGGGGAGAAGCGAUGGUAUACGUCUACUCUGCAGCUGCAGCUGGCGUCCUUGGAGUUCUGCGGAGCAUGUAGAAGCACCCCGAUGCUACAUGUCUAUGUGGAUGCCGAAACACCUCCCACCCUGUGGUCUCUUGGCCAAGCCAACCCGACUGCUGGCACCUCUACCCGCGUGCCGGCCGUGCAGGCUGUUGGCUUGACGUGGGCACGUCCGACGGAGUCUCCGCUGGGCAGUGCUUCAAGCGAGCUCUGGACAAGGCUAGAAUCUCUGCAGCUACAGGUCUCUCUUUGCACAGCUAAUCUUGACUCGGUGGUUUGGCCUCAAGGGCUCCAAAGGCUGGUUAUGGACUGUACGGUAUUUAUCAUCCCACUGGAGAUGAUGUCGUGGCCGUCCUCUUUAAAGAGCCUGACGUUUGCGGGCAUUUUCGACCAACCCAUCAACGAGAUUGUGUGGCCGGCCUCCAUACAAGAACUAUUUCUCGGUUUUCGCUUCAACCAACCCAUCAGCGAAGUCGUGUGGCCGACCUCCCUCCAGCAGCUAUCUUUCGGGUACUGGUUCGACAGGCCCCUUGUUGGAAUGUUGUGGCCAGCGUCCCUGCGCAGCCUGUCGUUCGGGUUUCGGUUCAACCAUGCCGUCGUCGACGUUGUGUGGCCUGCCUCCCUGCAGCGUCUGUUGUUUGGUGUAUCCUUCAACCAGCCAAUCGUCGGGGUUGAGUGGCCGAGCUCCCUACAGCUGCUUUCGUUCGGCGUUUGCUUCAAGCAGCCUAUUGCCGGAGUCGUGUGGCCGGAUGAUUUGCGAGAACUAUCGUUCGGAGAUCACUUCAACCAACCCAUCAGCGAAGUCGUGUGGCCAUCGUCAUUGCAGCAUCUUUCUUUCCGGCGUCAUUUCAACCAACCCAUCAGCGAAGUCGUGUGGCCAUCCUCGCUGCAACAGCUUUCAUUCGGGCGUCUUUUCAACCAGCCCAUCGAAGACUGUGACUGGCCGGCCUCCCUGCAGCAGCUGGCGUUUGGGGAAAAAUUCAACCAGCCUAUCUCUGGAGUUGUGUGGCCGGCCUCCCUGGAGAAUCUAUUGUUUGGGGACAAUUUCAACCAGCCACUCGUCGACGUUGAGUGGCCAUCGUCCCUGAGGCAGCUAUCGCUCGGACACCCUGCGUUCGGGAGUAAAUUCGACCAACCUGUCAACGAAAUCGUGUGGCCUGCCUCUAUGCGAAGUGUCACCAAGAACACGGAAAGUUUGUUGUAGAAUGUGUCCUUGCGGCUGUCGCUGAAUGAAGGUUGGAGAAACAGUUGAAUAGCAUGAGACCAACCGCUUGUGCGUAUUCAUCAUGAGCCACCUGCUGCGGUUGUCGGAUUUCUGCCUGCCUUUGCUCCUCGUUGUUUAAUUGGUAUGUGUGCGCGCGUGUUCCAUAGAGAAGUUGGGCAAUUUCAUCGCCGUGAGUAAAUACUCCUCAAAAACAAGUAGUGCUGGGCAGAAAUGACGCGAGACAAACUUCAUUUCGUUAGAGUAGAUCGAAAAAAUGUUUUGUUUCUGGGGGAAUAUUUUUCCGGAGUUUUGUGUGCAGUGCGAUGGAAAUAUUAAGUACUUGUAUCAAGUAUUUAAAGUGUUUGUAGUCGCCCGUCCACACUCGGAAUGCAUGGGUGCAAGGACGGUAGAUAAUUACUUACACU